GCGGGAAGUAUCGCGGGAAGAGGGAAGAGCGAGGGAGCGCAGCGCUUAGAAGUCACUAUGGUGACGGGGAGGUCAGGAGGCUUCUUGGUUACAGGUCCCAGCUCUGUGAUAGCCAUCGCCAUCGCUUUCCUGGAACUUGAGUGACUAUAAUCAAGUGACAUUUUAAAAUUUGCUGGAAGUGGAGACAUGAGACUGAAGAUAUCUCUCUUAAAAGAACCAAAACAUCAAGAAUUAGUAAGCUGUGUGGGCUGGACCACUGCUGAAGAACUGUAUUCAUGCAGUGAUGAUCACCAGAUAGUGAAGUGGAACUUGCUGACCGGCGAGACAAGUCAGAUAGUAAAGCUUCCUGAUGAUAUUUACCCGAUUGAUCUUCACUGGUUUCCAAAAAGUGUCGGCAUAAAGAAACAGACUCAAGCAGAAAGCUUUGUCCUCACAAGUUCAGAUGGUAAAUUCCAUCUAAUUUCCAAGUUAGGAAGAGUGGAAAAAAGUGUAGAGGCUCACUGUGGAGCAGUACUUGCAGGGAGAUGGAAUUACGAGGGAACAGCAUUAGUUACAGUUGGAGAAGAUGGGCAAAUAAAAAUUUGGUCAAAGACUGGGAUGCUUAGAUCAACUUUAGCUCAGCAAGGAAUGCCAGUGUAUUCAGUAGUGUGGGGUCCUGAUUCAGAAAAGGUUCUUUACACAGCAGGAAAGCAGCUAAUCAUUAAACCUCUUCAACCAAAUGCUAAAGUUUUACAGUGGAAAGCCCACGAUGGUAUUAUUUUAAAAGUAGAUUGGAACUCAGUCAAUGAUCUUAUUUUAUCUGCUGGUGAAGAUUGUAAAUAUAAGGUGUGGGAUAGUUAUGGCCGCUCACUAUACAAUUCACAACCUCACGAACAUCCUAUUACCUCAGUUGCCUGGGCUCCAGAUGGGGAAUUAUUUGCUGUUGGAUCGUUUCAUACUUUACGCUUAUGUGAUAAAACCGGGUGGUCAUAUGCUUUAGAGAAACCCAACACUGGCAGCAUAUUUAACAUCGCGUGGUCAAUUGAUGGCACUCAGAUCGCUGGAGCCUGUGGAAAUGGACAUGUGGUCUUUGCACAUGUGGUGGAGCAACGGUGGGAGUGGAAGAAUUUUGAAGUCACAUUAAUUAAAAGAAGGACCAUGCAGGUUCGUAAUGUUCUUAAUGAUGCAGUGGACUUACUGGAAUUCCGUGAUAGAGUCAUUAAAGCAUCUUUGAACUAUGCACACUUAGUUGUUUCAACAUCUCUUCAGUGUUAUGUGUUCUCUACAAAGAACUGGAAUACACCACUUAUAUUUGAUCUCAAAGAAGGAACUGUUAGUUUAAUUCUACAGGCAGAGAGACACUUUCUUCUUGUAGAUGGUGGUGGUGUCUAUUUAUAUUCAUAUGAAGGACGCUUUAUUUCUUCUCCAAAAUUUCCUGGAAUGAGAACAGAUAUUCUGAAUGCACAGACUGUGUCUCUGAGUAAUGAUACUAUAGCAAUAAAAGACAAAGCUGAUGAAAAAGUGAUCUUCCUGUUUGAAGCCUCAACUGGAAAACCAUUAGGUGAUGGGAAGCUCCUUUCUCAUAAGAAUGAAAUCUUGGAACUUGCUCUGGAUCAAAAAGGACUUACCAAUGACAGAAAAAUUGCAUUCAUUGAUAAAAACAGAGAUCUCUAUAUCACCUCAGUGAAAAGGUUUGGGAAGGAAGAACAAAUUAUCAAACUUGGAACAAUGGUGCAUACUUUGGCAUGGAGUGAUACAUGCAAUAUCCUUUGUGGACUUCAAGAUACUCGAUUUACUGUGUGGUAUUACCCCAAUACAGUUUAUGUGGACAGAGACAUUUUGCCUAAAACAUUAUAUGAAAAGGAUGCAAGUGAAUUUAGUAAAAACCCCCAUAUUGUGAGUUUUGUUGGAAAUCAGGUGACUAUAAGACGAGCCGAUGGCUCCCUGGUUCACAUCAGCAUAUCACCAUAUCCUGCUAUUCUCCACGAGUACGUCAGCAGUUCAAAAUGGGAAGAUGCUGUAAGACUUUGUCGCUUCGUUAAGGAGCAGACCAUGUGGGCUUGCCUGGCUGCGAUGGCAGUCGCUAAUCGAGAUAUGACUACUGCAGAAAUUGCCUACGCAGCAAUUGGCGAAAUCGAUAAGGUUCAAUACAUCAGUUCGAUAAAAGAUCUUCCAUCUAAAGAAUCAAAAAUGGCCCAUAUACUAAUGUUUAGUGGGAACAUCCAGGAGGCUGAAAUAGUACUUCUUCAGGCUGGCCUUGUUUAUCAGGCAAUUCAGAUCAAUAUUAAUCUCUACAAUUGGGAAAGGGCACUGGAAUUGGCUGUAAAAUACAAAACACAUGUUGAUACAGUUCUUGCCUACCGUCAAAAGUUUUUGGAGACAUUUGGUAAACAGGAAACUAAUAAACGAUACUUGCAGUAUGCAGACGGUCUCCAUAUAGACUGGGAGAAAAUUAAAGCCAAAAUUGAAAUGGAAAUUACCAAAGAAAAAGAGCGGUCAUCAAGCAGCCAGUCCAGCAAGAGUCUGGGUCUAAAGCACUGAACUCCAGGCCUACCUUUAAGUUUUAUCCUUUGAAACUAAUUCUGACUGAGCAAGGGUAAGCAUGUUUUGGUUGCUAAAGAAGCAGGCAUAAUUUUUAAGUAAUUAUAAGCACUUAUGGUGUAUUUAAUACUGAAAGUACAUUCAGAAAGAUUAAGCAAAAAAAAAUGACAUGACUCCAUCUUUUAUAUUUUCCUAGUCCAGUAAUUAGCAAAAUCUUUUCAAAUACUUAGGAUACACAUGUUAGGUGUCAGUUGCAUUCCAGGUUUUUGUUUUUUAUUACUGAAUCUUCGGCAUGAACAAAUAUUAAUGCUGAUAAUAAAACAUUGCACUCUUUCAAAGGUAUGUUAUUGCUAAUUUCUAUUUGAUCUCUAAAUUGUAAAGUGCCUCCAAGAGUUUAUUUAUACAAGGUAAAAACAGGAUGGAUUUGUGAAAAUGUGUAAGAAUGCAGAUCCACAUGCAUCAGAGGUCAUAGAAACAUUAUUCAAUUAAUAAAAGGUGAAAACAACUCAAAUGUCUAUUGAAAAGUGAAUGUUAUGUAUACAUAAAAUAGAAUAUUAUCAGCCUUAAAAGGAAUGAAAUUCUGAUCCAUGCACAGUGUGAAUGAAA